AUGGAUGACGCCUUAAACAACAGCUAUAGAUUUGAAGAUUUCGACAAGAAAUACAACCUGACUUUUGGUCUUAAUGGCACUUACGCCACGUUGUGGUUCCCAGGGUCAUUUGGUGUGGUCAGAGCGAUAUGUCUAGUGGUUGUCAGCGUGUUGGGCGCCGGGUUCAAUACUUUUAUGAUUGUAGCCAUUAUUCCAAACCGGAAGCUAAGGACGGUGAGGAACAUGCUUUUGGUUCAUCUUGGUGGAGUGGGACUUCUCUCGUCUGUUUCCGUCACCAUCUACCCAGUGUUGAUAACGUUCCAUGGUAGCUGGCUCGGAGGCACACGAAUGUGUCAAGCUUACGCCAAUCUCUCCUGUCUGCUGACCAGUGUCUCUGUCUGGACCAUUGCUGCCCUUAGCUGGGACAAAUACCAGACCAUCGCAUCUCCGCUGCAUCACUCACUGGGCGCCACCCUCAAGACAAUGCUACCCUAUUUCUCCACACUGUGGUUAUGUGGAGUCGUGCUGUUACUACCUCCAUUGUUUGGAGCAAAUGAGUUCUUUUUAUUUUCACCUUUAGGGAUAUGUGGCCUGAACAUUUCCAGCACAGCAGGCCGCUGGUACAUCUCCGUGAUCGUCUGCCUGUCUUUCAUUAUCCCAUCCUGCAUUGUGAUUUACUGUUAUACUCAUAUUUUCCGGAUAGCCCGAACUCAGAGCAGUCGUAUAGCGGCUACCAUGUUGAGAAUGGUCAAAGUAAUUCAAGUGCCGGCGGCACCAACAAGUCAUGGAAGUAGCUCUCUUAGAGGUGUUAAAGCCAUGGGGACGAUACUCCAGCUCAUCGGUUCAUUCCUCUUGACUUACCUCCCUUACACCUGUGUUGUCUUGUAUGAAGUCAUUUUUGCAGCAAAAGCUAACGCUAUUUUAGCGUCCAUAGCAACUACGCUGUUCCUAGCAGCUCCUUUAACACAUGCUGCGAUUUAUGGCGUCAAGAAUCCGAUUUUAAGAUCGUCUUUCCGCCGCUAUGCUCGUCGAAAAGUCCAACACUGGUGUAUUAAAGAUAACAGACGUAGCAAUAGCAUUAGAUCUAUGAACAGAAAACAUUCAGCUUCUAUUAAGAUGUCAAUCAAGUAUACAGUCAAAUGUGAUGAGAAGCAAUGCAUCCUACAGCGGACUGUAAUCUGCCAAAGCAGACCCCUUGAUGAUCAGACAGCAGCUUACGAAAAUAAAGCAAGCUCUCUACCUCGUCCAUUUCCUUUUGACAUGCAUGGAGACACCAACAACUGGGCUUCUCCAUUCACUGCUGAUCUCAACAUAGACAACUGUUGUAGCCAAUUCAAAGAUACGGAUUCAGUUAAACAAGCGUCGUUCUGUGAAGCUCAAAAUACUCUUUUUAAAUACAGCAAUAAAACAUGCGAGAAUUCACCCUUUGGUGAAAUAAUGAGUGCUGAAUCCGACUGUGAUACAAUUCCGGAUGAAUUAGUACGACUCUACCCACUCACGGAUAUCAGUGAUACCUUGGAUUAUAGACAUGUAAACAAGAAGAAAAUAUAUAGCCGUGAUAAAUUAAAAUACACAAGGCGAAAGAAGAAAUCUAAACGUCAAUGGAGAAUCACAGACCAUGAAGAUAUGUCUAUAUACAGUGUGGAAAAUAUAGAUUCUCGAUUUGAACAAACGGUUUAA